GGUACAUGAAGUGACGACCAAUAAUAACAGUAAAAUAGCGGGGAACUUUUGACCUGAAAACUUGGCAUUUUCGACAUGAAAACCUCUCAACUAUCGCUAAACCAACAUAUUUAACCCUAUUCUAUGCAUUUUGAAUAUCUGGCUGGCUGUCGUUUAGUAAAACGUUAGCUUUUUUCCAAGAGUAUGUUACUACUACAUAAAUGGAAGGGCAUGGCAAUUUCUUUGUGCGAGUGUUCUACAACUUUACAGCUAGUAACCCAGAUGAACUAUCAGGCUUUGAAGGAGAUAUUGUAAAGGUUAAAAGUCAGGUCAAUGAGCAUUGGUAUGAAGGAGAAAUCAAUGGCAAAAAGGGACUAUUUCCUGUUAUUUAUACAACAAAGAUUGACGACUCCUUACAGUAUGAUGUAUUUGUUGCUAAAGAAACUUAUAAUGGGAUAAGACCCUCCGAGCUCAGCUUUUUGAAAGGCGAAAGAAUCAAUGUCAUUGAAAAAGUUGAUGAAAACUGGUGGAGAGGGGAAAGUAGGGGUAAAAUAGGAAUAUUUCCUAACUCUUAUGUUGGAAAUGAGAAUUUAUACGAUUCUAUAUGUGGGGACGAUCAUAUGUCUUAUCAGAAUGGAGGAAUAUAUGGUAACCAGGAAAUGUUUUCAGUGCGAGCCUUGUAUGACUUUGAAGCAAGAAACCAUGAAGAAUUAAGCUUUCCCCAAGGAGGAAUAAUCAUAAUAACUAAAGAUAUUGAUGUUGAUUGGUAUGAAGGGAGCUUUGAAGGGAAAUCAGGCUUAUUUCCUAAGAGUUACGUAGAGCAUUGUUCACAAGAUAUUUACGAAGUUCCACCCAGAGCUUGUGCAACAUCCAUCUAUCCUUUUGUUGGAGAAAGCGAUUCUGAGCUAACAUUUAAAGAAGGGGAGGUUAUAUUUCUUCGGAAACGUGCAGGGUCACAGUGGUUAGAAGGAGAGCUUGAUGGCAACGUUGGACUUUUCCCAGCCAGCUUCGUUGAUGUGGAAAUUGACUUACCACCUGAAGAACAAAAUGCCGGUCAGACAAAUAAUGAUCAUGCAAAGACUGUACAGCCACAGAAAAUUCUUUGGAGACAAGGAAACAGAGCAAGGGCUUUGUACCAUUUUUCUGCAUUGCACACAGGAGAUUUAGCCCUAAAUGAAGGAGAUGUUGUUACUGUUGUACAAGUUGUUGAUGAUAACUGGAUUGAAGGGAAACUUGAUAGUGGGGUUUCAGGGAUGUGUCCGUCCGCCUACUUAGAACUUGCCGAUUUUACACCUAAUGGUCACGUGCAAGCUGGUGAAAGCUUGGGUUAUAAAGACAUAAGACGAGGGUUCGCUGCACAGACAAAUCAACCAGCACAUAUCACAUCUAGUAGCAUAACAGCAACCCAGGCAGGUAAUGGAGGGAAAAGACAUUCACAAACUGAAAUUAAUUUUAGUAAAUAUUCUGGCCCAAAUAAAAGUAGGGCAACAAGAGUGACAAGUGUAGGAGAUGAUAGAUUACUGAAAGCUUCGAAUAAGCCCAAACCUGCCCCAAGACCACCCCAGACAAAAUCUCAGACACUUGGAGCAGAGAGUAGGACUUCUACAAGAAAUCUCUCUAGGAGCUACUCUUCUCAAUCAAGCCCCUCCCAACAACAAACUAACAAGGCUUUCUAUGCUAUUCCUUUUAAAAGCUCACAUAAUAAGUUCACACCUGUUUCUUUUAACCCAUCAAAGUCUAAGAGCAGUGUGGCAUAUACACAGAAAUCAUCUAUAGCUAACUAUGGCUUUGAUAGUCAAGAUGGUGGACAGAGUAUUAGAAAGGGAAGUGAAGGUUGCAGUGGGGAUUCACUGUUGGACAUGAGUGUCUCGAACAGGGCAUCCUCUCUUAACCUCGCUGCUCCCCUAGUGGCUUUACCUUCUAAUAGUACCCAAUCAGAAUCUGGAUCUAAGGAGUUACCCAUAGUACCUAAGAGAAAGGCUCCACUUCCACCGAAGAGGACAGCUGCUAAUGACUAUAAAUCUUAUAGUUUACCAAGGACAAGAGCAAAUCAGCCUAACAAUACAACUAAUAUGGAUAAAUUUUCAUCAGAGAGGACGCAGUUUGGUAGCUCACCAAACAUUGCGCAACCAAAUUUUAAAGACAGUGUUGGAUUGCGCCCGACACCAAGGGUGGAGACAGCACAUAAAAAACGCCCACCUCCUCCCCCUACAAGGACAAACAAAGACAGACCCAGCAAUAUCACUAGGUCAGCAACUAUAUCGUCAGCACGACUUGCAAACUAUAAACAGGAGAAGGAGAAGGAAAGUGAGAACAAAAAAGCAAGACCAGCAUCUGUUUAUUACGUUGGAGAAGAUGACGAUAAGUUUUAUAAAUCAAAUAGUCUGGAGGAUAUCAGAGCUGCAGGGAAGUCUGGAAUGGUCUCUUCACAGUUUGGAUCAAAUGUUGAUCAAGAAGAUUCAGCACAGGAUCAAGAUAGCAUUGAUUACAACAGUCCUAAUAUUGUUCAAAUUCCUGGAGUUGCUGAAUUGAAUAAGAAGAUAGCUAAUGCUGAGCAUAACCAGCAGGUUGAGUGGAGAGCUUGCUCAGGAAUGAAGACUAUUUUACAGAUGCUUGUGCAUGAUCAAGAUAAGUACAAGGAAAUGGAGGUCAAGAUCACUCGCAGCCAACAAAAGAUUGCUGAAUGGAAGGAUAUCAUUGAUGGUUUGAAGGGUGAAAGAACUUUCCUUAUUAAAUCGUACCAAAAGCGAAAAACACUAGAGGAUAAUAUAUCACUGUUAGAAAGUGACCUACAGAAACAAGCAAGGAGUCGUAAAAGUCUGGAAACUCUACUUGAAGUUGUGGAAGAUAGCCGCCGUGAAGAAGUACUUGAGAAUCUUAGUGUGUGUGAUGGAAUCAUCGAUGAUCUUAAUACAAGCAUCAAGGAGUUAGAAGAUUCAUUACAAGGCCUGGACCAGUCUAAACCCAACCCAUCCACCCAAAAACACUCUGCAGAACAAAGACAAAAAGUUGUGAAUGAACUAAUCCACACAGAGCAGGACUACUUGAGAGAUCUACAGCUCUGCCUGAAGUACUUUGCCGAUGAACUCAAGAACUCCAAGAUUGUGGAAGCAGAUAUUCUUUUUGGUAAUAUGAAAUCUGUAAUCGAAACAUCUAGCAAGCUGUUGAGUAGAUUUGAACAGGCUGUGAGAGGAAAGGAUGUGGAGCAGCAAGAGCUUGGAAAAUGUUUUGUGGACUUGGCAGAUGAAAUCAAAGAUGUUUAUGCUCAGUACUGCAGAAACCAUGAUGAUGCUAUUAGUUUACUAGAAAAGUAUGAGGAAGUACCAGAAGCACAAGAAGUAUUCAACAAGUGCCUCAAAGCCAUAAGGGACAGUACCAAGUGUUGGGAUUUGUCAUCAUUUCUCAUCAAGCCUGUCCAGAGAGUCCUCAAGUAUCCUUUACUCCUGAGUGAACUGCUUAAGUAUACUCCUGAGAUUCACAAAGACAAGCAAAACCUUAUCAAAGCAAUUCAUGUCAUGACUGAUGUGGCGACAGCUAUUAAUGAAGUGAAAAGAAGAAAGGACAUAGUCUUAAAGUACAAGAGAGUGGAAGACAGUGGUAUCUCGAAUAAAAUCCAAAAGUUGAACUGGCAUUCAGUGUUAAAGAAAUCUUCAAGAUUUAACCAGAGGAUUACACAAUUCACAGGACUUGUUUCUCAGACUGUAGACAAACAAUUUAAUGAAGAGGAAAAGAGGUUUACUGCUUUGGAAAAAGCAGUUAAGAAUUUAAUAAAAAAUGUUACAGCCUACAUGGAACAGUUUCAGGAAAUAGGCAAGCACCAGUAUACAAAUGGUGAGAACAUUGAAGAAUACUACAUGGAAGCAUUAACCUGUACAGAAGUGACAAUGUACAAGUCAACCAUGACUAGAAUAACAGAUGUACUUCUUGCUUCAUUUAUGACAGAUGUUCAGAAAUUAGUGUUGUCUCCCCUUAACAUUCUGCUAUCAAAGUUUCAAGGCCCUCAAAGGCUGAUCUUGAAAAGAGAACACAAAUGUCUGGAUUAUGACAGCCGCUCAAAUAAGAUUGAGAAGAUCAGAGACGGGGAUAAACUCAAGGCUGCAAAAGCAGAGCUUCAAAGUGCUAAGAAAGACUAUGAAGCAUUGAAUGCUCAGUUACUAGAAGAUCUUCCCCUCUUCUACGACAAAACAGUCAGCCUCGUAAAAGACUGUAUCCUGAACUUUAGUCAAGCUAAGAGAACCUUUCAUGCCAUCAUGCUAGGAGAAUACACAAACCUUAUGCUGAUGCCACUGGUAAAGGAAGAGGGUGACAUCGUUGAGCAUCAAGCAACUCAAACACGUAAAGUAAUAGAAAAGUUUGCUGAUCUUUCGAUUAUUCCAAGUCAGUUUUUGGGUAAAGAGAUUCUGAAAAAAAGAAGAGAAGCUAAGAAACAUCCCUUGAUUCCUCUCUUGCCUGCCUCUACAGGUGACAUGACACCAGAGCAGCCAGAAGACAAAACACAGAGUCGUGAACGUAUAGGAAGUCUUUCUAAGAAACGAAUGGCACCUCCACCACCACCCCGGUCAGUAAAUGCUUCUACACCUAUCAAAGGACAAAGUGUAGAUCAAUCAAAGCCUGCUCCAAAGAAACAAAGUGCACCUCAGGUUCCUCAGCCUCUAAUUCCUGUAGACAUAACCCCGAGUAACUUUGAACCAUAUGUAGUAGUUUGUAGCUUUGAAGCACAGAAUCCUGGUGAACUGCCCUUAAAUGAAGGUGAGCUGGUCACUAUACAGAGACAGUGUGACAGCAGUGGUAACCCUGAAUGGUGGUUGGUUUCCUGUGCAGGGGUUUCUGGUUACGUCCCAAGUUCAUUUCUUGAGAAGUACUCCCAAUAUAGUGAAGAGGAUCAGGCUUGCAGUGAUUCUGAUGAUGAAGAUGAUGACGAUGAUGAUGAUGCUGUCAUAGAAUCCCAACAAACUACUGUUGAACCAAAGGAAAAAUUAAACUAUUAUGCACAGUUUGAAUUUGAAGCAACUAGUUCGGCAGAGCUGAGCUUGGACGUGGGUCAGAUAGUAAGUGUGCUACAACAACACGAUUUGGAGGGCAACUCAGAAUGGUGGCUGGUGGAAACUGAAGGCAAGAAAGGUUAUGUUGCUGCUAACUUUCUCGCUCCCCUUGAAGAUUAAUUAAUAUGGUACUACUUGAGAAAUCAUUCGAAAUCUUUUCAGUUACAAAGUAAUAGACUGUCUCGGCUCUGGCAUAGUGUUUUCCCAUUUCAGACCACGUCAUUCUCUUGAGAAUAAGAUYCUUUGUUUGAGCUGUAUCCAUAUUCAUGUGUCUUCUCAUUGGCAGCCGUGCGCAACCAUUAAAUAAAGAAAUGAUACUCAAGGGAAUGACGCAUGGUCUGAAAUGGAAAAAAAUUCCUUAAUGCGCCUGAGCCGAGGUCUAUAGACUCCUUGCAUGUGACAUCAAAGCAGCUGAAUUUGGAGGACAAAACAAAAUAAUUCCAAUCUCCUGAGAAUUUGAAACCUAUUGUUAUGUCCUCCAUAUUGGGCUGCAUUCUGAUGUGCUGCAAGGGGUCUUUUGCUUUUAUUUAAGCUUUUUUCUACUUGGGGCUAUUGAUGACUCUUCAAACUCCAGUGUAUGUGGGCUUAGCCUCCAAUCCAGGCUCAGUGGUUAUCUUCAAAUAUAUUUACCUUGCUGCUUGAAGACUCGUGGCUCGGUAAAUAUUCACCAAUAAUUGCUUUGCCUUUGGUGAAUAAUGUUAAAUACAUAACUUUAAAAUAUUAAUUUCUAUUAUAUUGAAUUCGAACUCGAGUGUAAAUGAAUCACAAUGCAGUAUUCAUAAAAUUGAAUUAUUUUUGGAGCUAUUUGUAGAUAAAGUCUAAUUGAAUUGUAAGAUAUAACAAAAUAGUUACAAAGUAAGUAAUGAAAAUAUUGAAAAAUUUUCAGAAAACACAACACCAUUUUGUACUAGUUCUAUAAGAGCAAGCCAUCAGUAGAGUGAUUUCAUUUAACCUGUGAAACGAAAGUUACUUUUUAUUACAUAUUACCACUGAGAAAACAAAAGAAAACAAUGCAAAUAAGAUUUAUAACCUCUUUUCUAGAGUGAAUGCAUUUAACCCAUGAAAUAAACUAUUAGUCACCGUGUAAUAGUCAAAUAGACACAAAAGAAAUCAAUGGAAUUAGGAUCUACUAAUGUGUAUUAGGCCUAGGGCAAACGUCGAACUUUCCAUGCA